AUGCCGACGCGGCCCCGGGGGCCGGACCUUAUCGACGUCUACAUCCCAGACGGCCCUGAGACUGUCCUCUACCGUUGCGAGCAGCAGCCGCAAUCAGAAGGGCUCAACACCCCCUUGGUCCCCGCAGCACCCUCGCAUCUCGAUCCGCCUCGCGGCACUCUCGCCCUGUCUCCCCUAGCUCCCGUCUCCCUCAAACUGUUGUCACCGAUCCAGAUCAAGCGCGAGGAGAUCUCCCUCCAGACCCUGCGCCAGAGCCAGAGCCUGAGGAGAGUGAGGGUGAAGAAGGAGUCUCGGAGUCCGAGUCCGAGGAUUCUGUUGGGUCCGCCUCGCCGACAGCGCUCGCCCCCGCGUCAGCAGUCCCUGACGUACGUGACCCCCCCCGCCGAACUUCCUCCGGCACCUUCACCGCCGACUCUGCCGAGAGGCCGCUCGAGCACUCACUCCUCUCGAAGUUCGACCAGCGGAGGGCCACCACAGCCGCCUCCGCCCCCGCAGCGUCCUCCGUCCCCCCCGACGCCGAUAAUGUCUUCUCCCGCCGCCGCACCUGACAAGGAGACCCUGAAGCUCCUCCUCCCCCUCCGCUAUGACGGCAAAACCGUCAUCGAAUGCGACAGGUUCUUGUUGCAACUUCGUAUCUACUGGUUGAUCAACACGUCGUUGACGACCAUUGAACUUAAGGUACAAGUUGCGCUAAGCCUGCUCAAUGGCGACGCCUGCGCCUGGGCCACGCCUUACUUCGCCCAACUCGCAUCAGUGCAGAUGGGUGUGCAAGGGGUUACAACCCCCUUCAGGAACGAAGCGGCCUUCACCGCUGCCUUCAAGGCUCGCUUCGGCAAUCUCGACGAUGCGGCAGCAGCCCAGGUAGAGCUGGCGAAGCUCUGCGCGGACAAGUCGGUCCGCGAAAAACGCACUGCGGCGGAGUUCUCCGCGCUGUUCAAGGGUCCGGCGGACCGUUCCGGGUAUGGGGACCUGGAACUACGCGACAAGUACCUGAGCGGCAUCCCCUCCCGCGUAUAUCGCAAGAUCGAGCUCGAAACCUUCACCACGUGGCGAGCCGCUGAAAAGCGAGCCACUGAGGUCGAGCAGAUCCUCGACAUCAGCCAGGCCCGUCGGCCCGAGUUGAACAACUUCUUCUCGGCCCGAGGUCGAGGUCGCGGUGGGGCACGCGGUGGUGCGCCCUCAUCACACGCAGCUUCGGCCAGCAUCAAUGCGGCCAUCGGAAAAGGAGACUUCCCCGGCACAUGCUUUGGCUGUGGGAAGCAAGGGUACCGACGUUUCGAGUGCCCUAACUGUAAGGAUAAACCUUACACAAAACGCACCGACGCGUGGGCUACGGUUGCCUCGGGUUCCACCCAGGCGGCAACAAGCGCCCCCGUCGCUUCAUCCUCGGCGAGUAUAAGCGCCGCUUCAGCGAAAUCGGAAAGUUCCGAGCUGGCGGACUUAAUAGCACAGAUGAAGUCGAUGCGCGAGGAGCUCGAGCACUAUCGGGCCAUGAAGGAGGAGUCUUUUUGA